UCGGGUGUCCUGCCUGGUCCUCUCAAGUCUUGUGAGUUAUGUCGCUCUUAUCAUCUCACCAACUUGUAUUCUCGGCCCUGCACUGCCGUACACGGCCACCAUCGAUCACCCUCUUUCCCUGGAACAAGCCAAUAACAACAAACGACACUGUUCGGUUUUUGCGUUGUCCUGUUGUGCCAAUUGUCCCUUUGGGUCCAAGGGUGUCACAUUUUGCUGUCCCUGCCACUGCAGAGGAUCUGCUCUACAAUGGCGGAGCCACCGUGGCUGUUCUUGGUGGCGGUUACGCCCUUGUGCGUGUUUUUAACGAUCUCACUCGGAGGAACAUCCUCCACCAGGGAAUGAGUAGAAAACUGGUUCAUAUACUUUCUGGCUUGCUGUUUUUGAUUUCUUGGCCUAUUUUCAGCAACUCCACUAAGGCUCGCUAUUUCGCUGCUUUUGUUCCUCUUGUGAAUUGCUUGAGGCUUUUGGUGAAUGGUUUCUCAUUGACUUCUGAUGAAGGAUUGAUCAAAUCCGUGACUAGAGAAGGAGAUCCACAAGAAUUGCUAAGGGGUCCCCUUUAUUAUGUUAUUAUGUUGAUUUUGUGUGCUCUUGUGUUCUGGCGUGAGUCUCCAAUUGGGGUGGUUUCCUUGGCUAUGAUGUGCGGAGGGGAUGGUAUAGCUGAUAUCAUUGGUAGAAGAUAUGGGUCCAUGAAGAUUCCUUAUAAUCAUAAAAAGAGUUGGGCUGGUAGCAUAUCCAUGCUUGUGUUUGGAUUCUUAGUUUCAAUCGGGAUGCUCUACUACUAUUCAGCUCUAGGAUAUGUGCAGUUGGAUUGGGCAAGCACUGUGCCCAAAGUUGCUUUUGUUUCUAUUGUGGCAACAUUGGUGGAGUCCCUUCCCAUUACUGAGUUAGUAGAUGACAACAUAUCUGUUCCACUAGCAACCAUGGGAGUCGCAUUUUUCACUUUUCAUAAUUAACUCUUGGAGCAUACUGCUCUAAUUCCCCUGAAAUGCCAUGCAUGCAUUUUUCAUUUUUUUUCUACGGGUACACUGAGAAAAUGUUUUUGGCAAUAUGAAAUUAACUCUACAUUGUAAAGAAAUUAUCAGUAACAAGUUUAAUU